CCGCCGCCGCUCGUUCUCCCCCACCUCCUUAUUCCUGAAGGGCGGGGCGGCAGGAGCCGGUAACCGUCGCGCAUGGGCGCUGGGCUUUUUCAACGCUGGGCGCUCGCGCGGGGCGUCGGAAGCCUUGCGGCGGCUGCCGCGCCAUUCUCCUCUCUCCCCAGCCCCUAGGAUUAGAGCGGGCGCGCCCCCCUCCUCCCUUCUGGCUGUUGCAGCCCUGCGUUGUGUGACUGGCAGGUUCCUGAGGGCGAGGCAUGAAGCUGAGUAAAGCCCAGUAUGAUGAAAUAGCCCAGUUCCUGGGGCACGUGCAGCCCACCAGACAGAGCCUGAGGAAGCUGAAGGAGAGAUUCCCUAGUCAAUCGCAGUCCACUCUGCUGAGCAUCUUCUCCCAGGAGUACCAGAAACAAAUCAAAAGAACACAUGCAAAGCAUCACACUGCUGAGGCUAUUGAAACUUACUACCAAAGGUAUGACCUACCUUCCCAUUCCAUUAGAAGGUACCUGAGUGGGGUGAUGAAAAAUGCAGCUGCCCCUGUACUACUGGAGCUAGCCAAUGAGGUGGACUUUGCACCAUCGUUGAUGGCUCGAAUUGUGCUAGAAAGAUUUCUAAAAGAGCAAGAGGGAGCUAUCCCCUCCAAGACUCUUAUAAAUAGUAUGCUGCGGGACCCUUCUCAGAUUCCAGAUGGAGUUCUAGCAAAUCAGGUCUAUCAGUGUACUGUGAAUGACUAUUGUUAUGGACCACUGGUAGACUGCAUCAAACAUGCUAUUGGGCAUGAGCAUGAAGUCCUGCUGCGAGAAAUGCUUCUGGAGAAAAAUCUCUCUUUCUUAGCUGAAGAACAGCUUCGUGCAAAGGGUUAUGACAAAACACCAGAUUUUAUUUUAGAAGUGCCAGUAGCUGUUGAAGGACAUAUAAUUCACUGGAUUGAAAGCAAAGCUUCAUUUGGUGAUGAAUGUAGCCACCAGGCCUAUCUGCAUGACCAGUUCUGGAGCUACUGGAAUAGAACCCUGUGUUUUUCUUCAGCACAAGAACUUGCGGGGCAGGGGAAUGCUGUAUGAAAAAAUGCUUUUCUUUGAUGGUGAUAAAAUUUAUCACAUGCUUCCCUGAAGUGAAUGGCAUUGGCAGAACUGUGGCAGGGGCAGAUGGCACAACCUCUGUUCCAAACAUUAGGCGGUGACUUAUGGGACAAGAUAAACAACAUCCUGCUGAACAUUAUCUAAACAUGAGACAUCGCUCUGUCUGUAUGUAGCCUACCACAGUCCUCGCUACUGUGCACUCAAAGGCUGGUUGGUCAUGGCAACUCUCUCACUUUUCUAAGAAGUCAUAGAGCUUAAAGCCAGAAAGGACCCCCAGAUCAUACACUCUUGUAUAUCACAGGUCACCAACACCAUCCAGCACCCGUACACUAAAUCCAAUAGCCAAAAUUAGACCAAAGGUUUACAGCCAAGAGGAAACUAGACAGUUACAUGCCAUAAGCAGAGAAUAGGAGGGCCCAAGGUGCACUGGUGAAAUGCUUAAGUGAGAUAUACCCUGAUAAUGUACAGAGUACAAGUAGCAUAAAUCUUAACUCUUUUGCUCCAUACAGUAUGCAGAUUUCAGAGGAGAAUAUCGCCCAUAGUACCGUUGCCAGACUAUGCCUCUCUUCACAUCCUCUUCACUCCUGCAGAGUUUAGCAACUAACUGCCCCUCUGCUAUGCCAUUGUGGGAGAAACUGCUUCUCUUUUCCUCCAUGCUGCCUCUCUCCUCUGUUUCCACGGGAUUGCCAUGGUUUUAUUCCCCUUUGUAGGACCUCCUCCAUGCUGCUUCUCUCCUCUGUUUCCACGGGAUUGCCAUGGUUUUAUUCUCCUUUGUAGGACCCGUAGCACUCAAGUCGAAGUCGUAUGUGUGUGUACAAGUACACACAAUGGUCUUUAUUGCCUCCCUUAAACUGUUUUGCAGUUUGAUUUAUGCUGUUAGCAUUGCUGUGAGACACCCAAGAGAUGAUCGUUGUAUUUCAGUAGUAAUUUUUUUAUGUGCACAGGUGUGUAUCGGGAUGAAAACUGGCUACAAUAAAAUAUAUAAAUCUAAAUUGACAUUAUUCUAACAGAUGUUUAAUUUCCUCCCCCGACACUUGUUUAUGGACGAAGGUUUAUAAGCAUGUUACUCACCAGCCAGUGCACCCCCAGUGGAUGGGCUCUCUUCCUUUAAUGUUUCCUACUGACAGCUGAGUCAAAACUGUUGGGGUCAGUUUCUUCUUGUGACUCAUGGUGGCUCACAUAUAGUCCCACCCCUUCUAGGGCAAACCAGUAGUCCAACUAAUAACUGUCAGUCAACAUCCCUUUCGUCCAAGUCCACAUACGUUCAUCCUUAUCCCUGGUAUCGGGGGGGCUUUGAUAGUCCUUACCCCUUGUCAGAAGAGAGAGGUCUACUCCAUUUUCCUCAGUGGGCUGGAAAGGGAGCCCAGGCCGUCCCACUUUGCUGGGUUUCAGUCCAGAGACCUUUGAAUAGACAAUCAAGGCGUGACUACACAGAUUUCUACUUCCUUGAACCACUUCUUACCUUACCUGGUCUCGGGCCUUUGCCUCAGCCGCUCUCUUGUGUGUCAUCCCCACUUUCUUUAAGCAUCUGGGCUCACUGCAGAGCUUCUUAGCAGCCGGUUCUGCUGCAGGAGAGUUUUUCCUAUUCCUCUGGCAGGACAAUCCCUGACUCAGCCAGGAGUCUUCCUGAUUCUUACAGGCCCGUCCACCAGCAUGCAAAAUUCUGGACAGAUUCAUUUUCUGCCACUUCGCUUCCCAACUGCCUUAGGCUCCGUGUUGCAGGCCUGUUGUCCUUCCGGGAGGCUCUGUCUGCCAACGGUCCAACUCAUCUUCCACAUUCCAGCCAAGCAUCUCUCACUUAGUGAGAGCCAAAGAUAGCUCUCCUUGCCCUUUGAGCUCCUUUUUCCAGGCUCAACAAUCACUGCAGGUGCAGCAGGGAAAGGCUGAUUGUGCCCAGAGGCUCUCAUUAACCCCUUCAGGCAUUUUAAAAAUGCAUUCUCACACUGUACUCUGCAGCUGCUCCAAAGAAGUCUUCACAGUUAUAUUGAACUCAUACUAAAAAUAAUAAACCUUCAUAUUACAGAUUCAGAGUAUAAAAUGCUUGUGUUAGGUGUCCUUAAGGCACAUACUAAUUUGCACUCUUUUAACUUUUGGUAAAUGAGUCAAAGAUAGUGAUAGGCACAUAUUGUAUAAAAUCUAAAUUAAAUAAUUUCACACAACAGACUGGAUCCUAUCCUGUCUCAUUGACAUAAAUAGUAGUGUAAUAUAAAUUAGGCCCUGUUCAUGCAAUGACCUGCACACAUCUUUAAUUUAAUAGAAGUACAUACAUAAAUCUUUGAAUGAUCAGGUCCUUAUUUUUAAUUUGGGGGGGAGGGCAUUUGUAUGGUGUCUAGCACAAUGGAGCCUUGAUCCUGGUUAGGCCUUUAGGUGCAAAUAAUAAUCAGAGCAGGAGUAAACCCAAUAUAAUGAUUUUGAGACACUUCUUUGUGUUCUAUGGAUCAUUAAUUCUUGGCAACAAUGUUUCAGUACACAGAGUAGACAUUCUUAUUGUGGGUAUAUUCUUAUUGUGGGUAUAAUACAUUGUUAGAAAUCAGAAGAUAGAUCUUCAUGUCCUAGUUCUGCCACUGAUCUCUUAUGUGAUGUUGAGUACAUUCCUUAAUAUUUCUGUGCUUUAAGUUCCCUGUUUGUAAAAUUCAAACAACACUACCCAACUGUACAAAGUAUCAUGAGGCUUGUAAAGCACUUUUAAAAACCUGGAUAGAAGAUGCACAGUGUAUUUUGUACAAUAUAUUUUUUGUUAUAAAAAUCCAACUUCCUGCAGUAAAAACAAACUGAAGUUUAAAUCUUCUCAAAACUCUCAUAAUCUUACCACCAAUAAAUACAUUGUUUUUGAGGAACUGGGGAAACAUGCAGUAGGAGAGCAAGCUACACUUUGGCAUAAAAUAUUAGGAAAAUACCAUCUAGCUGCCGCCAUUUUUUGUCAGGUCUCAGAAAAAUAAGACCCCAAAUUGAAGAUGUUUCUGAUUCAUUUCCAAGGGACUAGUAAGGAGGGGAUGGCUUGCACACUGACCCUAUCCAACCUCUGUCCUCUCUGCCAGUUUGGCACAUGUGCCAAGACCUCCACAGAGCCUAGAGAAAGGGGAUGGUGACUUGAAGAUAUCUGAGGCCUCAUACUAUGUGUGGAGAGUCCUCUUCAUGUGCAGUUCUAAAGGGGAUAAUCUGAGUCAAUAAUACAUAUUGUGUGUUAGGGUUGCACAAUACCAAGCAUGCGAGAAAAAAUCUUUUUGAAAGUCGCUCUUAUCAGUGUCAUCUAGCAUUUGUCAAACUUUUUCAUUUUUAAUACUCUUUAUGAAGAUGUGCCGUUUCAAGAAUGAGAAUAAGGGAAGAUCAGGAGACAACAUAAGAUGAAUCCAAAUGCCAGCUAUAUGGAAAGGAGACUCAUCCUGCCACAGACAGUUGAAAUAUAUACACAAUGAGGCUGCAAUCCCUCUCCCAAAGUUAAAUGGACAACUAUCAAAGAGCAUGCUGGAAAAGGUCCCUUAUAAAAGGCUGAAACUGAAGGGGAGAGUUUACUAGGAAACAGAAUAUCAAAGAGAGUGCAGCUCUGUUUAAUAUGAAAGUCUCUAAUUUCUAAACUUUUGGAGAGCCAGAGUUUGGGGUAUAAGAAAGCAAGUUUUGACUAUGAAAGUCUCAGGAUAUUUUGUGCAUUUGGGGAUAGUUAUAUCCCAUUUGUAGUGUUCUAUUAUGACAUUAAUACAAUAAAAAUCCAAGCCAGUUUAAAAAUGGGUACCUAAAAUUUGGCUCCCAAGUCUAUAUUUUGGGCAUCUAUGUAAGUAGCCUAAUUUUCAAAAGUGCAGAGCAUCUAGCAGCUUUUGAAUGAGUUGAUGUCAGUCGCUAUCUGUGCUUGAGGUGUUACUCUACAUCUUCAUUCCUUUAAUGUCAACUAAUCAGAAGCCAAAUUCUUCUCUUCCUUCCCCCUUUUGUAACUGGUGGUCAAAUUAAACUAGUUUUGGGAUUAGGUAUGAUCUCAUAUUUUAAAUGCUAUUCCAGAUCAAAUUUGUAUGUUACAAACCCCUGAACUGAAAUGUGGAGUUUAAAAUGAAAAUGCUGCUACGUUAUCACAUUCUUGGACAGUGUUAGGGUAUGAGUAAAACAGAUACAGGAUGGCAUGUUUAUGUGUCAGUGUAAAUGGUUUUUAAUAUCUUUACCAUAAAGGCCUCUCCCUCUCUUUGAUAUGAUGGCAAAAAUGCAUAAUCUGAGAUUACUAGAAAAAGUAAACCUUUGUAGGGGAAUGUGUUUAUUUCUUAAAUUACAGCUAGAACAAAAAGUUAUAGGCAACAUGGGAUAUUAAAUAUUUUACUUAUAUAGAAUUACACCACCCUGCCUCAGUCUCUUUAAAGACAUAAAGGAGUUUAUACACACACCAUUCCUUUAAGUAGCUUCCACUCUGUUUUUGAGUAUUAAUUAGCUAGUCAGAUUUUAUUAGAGCACAUCUAGUUUUAAAUACUUAACAUUGUAGCAAUAGCUAGAUCGUGCUAUGAAAUGCAGAAUUUUCACUUUUUCCAAAUGUUGUGGGGGAUUGAAAAUCGAGACCUAGAAAUCAAAUCUGCUACCUGAAAACAUUAAACAUGAGAUUUUUUCUUCCAUCCCUAUUGAUUGCAUGAUCUAGCAAGCAGAUAAUGUAUAUGUUUUUUGUCUUACACGUUUUGAAGCGUAACAUUGCCUAAUUAUAGUAAUGGAUAAUUAAUGAAUCAACAUAACAGUUUGGCUGAUGUACACCUGCAAGUAAAACAUUGCAGAUAUCAGCGGCAUUGCAAGAAAACUGGUUAAAGUUAUUUAAUUUUUAAAUUGCAUAAACAAAUGUGCAGUGAUCGUUUUUUAAUGUAAUAUCAUGUUCUUUGUUAUAAACUGAAUUAUUCUUGUAACCAGCAUGGGACAAGUGUCGUAUAAAUAUUGGAAAAGAUUACCCUGAAUUUGUUUGUUCUUUAAUGUCACAAUUUACUUGUGACUUACAGAAGCUCAAAAAUACUUCCAAUCCGUGACCCUGUGCUAUAUGGUGCAAAUAUUGCAUUCUAAAGAAAGUAGCAAACUAAGAGAAAACUUUAACACUCAUACAGUUGUGCAUCCUUUGUUACAAGUUUUCUUGCUCUUAACACUUGUUUGUCAUAACACAUUUGUUCACAAAGAAUAUAUAAAUAUCAUGGGCUCUCUUUUAUAAUUCAUCCUUACCAUGUAUUGACUAUUUUUCA